AUGACAUCAAACUACAUGGAAGUUGAUUAAUAUUCUGCGAGAGUGCCGAAUGAACAUUAACCUAUUUUAUCCAAUAGAGCAGACUAAGAAUUCAAGUAAAUUGAGUUUAUUAACUAAUGCAACAAUGAUCACCAAGAUCCCACUAUUCUAAGCUUAAGUGAGCAAUUGAUUCUGGCUGAUAAGUCGAUUUAUACAGCAAACAUUAAAUUGGAAUCUAGAUUAUAAGACAUAGAUUAAAAAUUUCUUCCUUUUGAUGACAUCGAUCUAGAUGAAAGGGAAAGAAAUGAAAAAAUGAAGGAGCUCACUAAAUCUUCGUAGAGUGAGAAUUAGAGAAUAGAUAUGAAAAGAAAAAACACACAAGUUUAAAAUUAUUGGUUUACAAUUAAUCCUGAUAGCACAAUCAAAAUACUUUGGGAUUUUUUUUGUAUGAUUUUAAUUCUGUAUGAAAUUAUUACAAUUCCAAUCAGAAUUAGUUUUGAUAUCGAAGUUAGUAGUGAAUUCGGUUAUGUUAUUACAGCAGCCUUCUUGUUGGAUAUCUUGCUUACCUUCAAUACGGCCAUCUACAAAAAUGGCAAUAUCAACUAUUCCUAUAAAAUAAUAGCAAUUGAGUACUUGAAAUUAUGGUUUUGGAUUGACAUAAUCGCAUCAUUCCCUUAUGAUUUAUUAUUUACCGUAGCUUUAACAGGAGAUGCAGAGGAUGAAAUUUCCACCCAACAUGCAAAUCUCUAAAAGAGUGCUUAAAUCCUGAGAGUAUUGAAAUUCUUUAGAUUCAUAAAAGUAAUCAGGCUAUUGAGGUUGGCUAAGUUGAAAGUCAUCAUCGAUAAAAUUGAGGAAUACUUCGCUGAUAAUUCUGCCAUAUAGACCAUAGCGAGCUUUUUGAAAUUAUGCGCCUUUGUGUUGUUUUGGUCACAUUGGCUAGGUUGCAUAUUUCAUUUUAUUGCUCAGAGUGAAGACCCAUCCUAUAAUUGGCUGACAAUAUAUGGGAUAUAUGAUCAACCUUGGUAAGUUAGGUAUAUUAAUUCAUUGUAUUGGGCUGUCACUACCAUGAUUACAGUUGGAUAUGGGGAUCUUUCACCUUAGACUCCCUUGGAGAGGUUUUUCGGAGUGUUUUUUCUGUUGAUUGCAUGUGGGGUCUUCUCAUUCACUAUGAAUACCAUUGGUAAUACAAUGCAAUAACUCAGUUAAAAAAAGGAUCAAUAUUAAAGAAGGAUAGCAGAGAUCAAUGGUUAUAUGGGAAAAGUUAAGAUUCCGAAAUAGUUACAGAAUCAAGUGCGAAGAUAUUUGUAAUACCUUUGGGACUCACGUCGAAGUAUAAACUUGGAGUCGAUUUGUCAAAAUCUAUCAACUUCUUUGAAAUUUGAAUUCACUAUACAAGUCAAUGGAACUAUAUUGGCUAAUUACAAAUUGAUUUGUUAAACCUUCUCUAGGAAACUUUUGAUUGAGUUGACUCAAAUUUUAAUUGAAUAAACUAUUCAACCUGAUGAAUAUGUCUUCUUGGAAAAUGAGAUCAAGAAUGAAUAAUCACUCUAUUUUAUUUAAGAAGGAUCAAUUAAUAUUAUUUUAAUUAAAACAAGAUAAAUAGUAGCAAGAUUGUCAAAUAAAGAUGUAUUUGGAGAAAUCAGUUUUUUUGGUAAUACUGAAAGAACAGCCUCUGCUAAAAGUAAUGGAUUUACUGAUGUUUUUGUAUUAAAAAGAUAGCAUUUCAUUGAUUUAUUAUCUUAAUUUCCAGAAGACAGAGAAAAAUUCUUCUUUAUUAACUCAGAGGUUAAUAAGAAUCAGCUAUAAGUCUUAAAUAUUCACUGCUAUUCUUGUGAUUUGCCAGGACAUGUGAUAAAAGAUUGUCCCUCUCUACACUUUAUUGUUGACUUAUAUGCUUAUCAGAAGACCAAGACUAGAUGCAUCUAAGCAAUUAUGAAAGACUUUGUAAGAAAUGACAGAAUAAAUUAUAAUGCCAGAAAAGAUAUGUAGGAAAUAGCAAGGAAAGUGGAGAAUUUCCAGAAGGAAAUUUCAAUUCAUAAUUAUUUAAAGGAAGAAUGCAAUGUAGAUGAUUUGAUAUAAAAGGGAAUAGAGGAUGAUUCUAUAAGGAAAAGUUUGAAACUUAAGUCUAAAUUUAAGGAAGAUAGGAAUAGGAGGAGGAAUUGGCAAUAAUCACUGAGAAAAUCAUAAAAAUAGAUACAACAAAUACAAAUUAAACAAUAGGAAAUAUUUAGUCUAACCAAGAGUCUCUCUUAAGCCAUUAUAUCUUCCAACAAUAGUGACAAUGCCAUAAUUCCAAGUAUCAACCAGUUUAAGAAUCAUCUUGAAAGUGACUAAGAUAGUGAAUGUGGAACUUAAGUCUAAAACAAAAUGGAUGAUAUUAUGGCUGAUUAUUAAAUAUUCAAAGAGGAAGUGCAGAAGUAUAAUGGGGGUUAGCAAUCAGAACUACGGAAAAGCGAUGAAAUACUCAAUGAUUUUGAGUAAGGAUACGAUUACAAUAUCUUUUAUCCUCAUAAUAAUAUUUCAAUAGUUUUAAAGGAGUAUAAUGCAUUUUAGUAAGGCAACUAAGUUAAACCAAAUAUUGACACUCUAUAUGAUUCAAAUGUCUAUUAAGAAUAUAUCUCGUAUUAUGUGAUAGACAUUGAAGAUAUCAAAAGAUUCAAAUUACAACUCAACCCUAGUCGAAUCAAAUAGUUUUUACCAUUUACACAAUUGCUCUAAUCACAAUAUAGUAGAUAAGUAAAAUUAUAUUAUGACAAUAAAAUAGAAAAAGAAGGAUUAAGGGUUAUUGAGAAAGCCAAAGAAGUCGUUGAAGUAGAUUGCAAAGUCGAUAAUGUUGGCGAGAAAAUUGAUAUGA